CCCUAGUUAGCAAUGUACAUUGCCUGAGGAUAUGUGGCGUGAAAAUCAUGGUAUAAUACGAUGGUGAAAAUCCAUUGCAAUCAAUCCAAUAUUGCCUAUCGACAUUUGUUGUAAUGGAGUUUCAUAGACAUACAAAGUAGCAUUAAAUAACAUUAAAAAAUUGUAAUUCUAAAGAUAAAAGAUCUUCAUCUAGAUACUUAAAAAACGCUGUUUUAGUAAUAGUUUACUCAUAACUAAAGUUAAAAAUCAUCAUUGCGCAAAUCAAAGUAGAUCAGUAAAAAAAUUGUGUUAACAUAUAAUUUGUGUAUGCAACUCUGCAUGAUUUAAUGUGUUGAAUAACGUUCUGUGAGAUUCUGGUUUUAUGGAAAACAAGAAAAAGCUAUAUAUUAUUACUAUAAAAGUUCAUAUAAAGCGAUUAUAUUUUGUAUUUUAAUACACAAUACACUAUGUAAUAAAAUCACAAUUACUUAAUUUCUUAUUACUUUUUGUCUAACGAUUAAGAGGAAUAAGAUUGAUGUAUAACAAAAGAAAUACAAAACAAAACAUUGCGUCAGCAAUUAGUACUAAUGAAUAAUUUAAUCGACCAUCGACAGAAAAUUUGCCGAGAACGUAAAAUUUAUAAAUUUAUGUAGAAAUUAAAACAAUUUUUUUAUAAUCAUACAAAAUGUCGAAAAUAGAGGAAGGAAAAGUGGAAAUUAGUGGCGCAAUGAAUGUCCCCAAAGAGCAACAGAAACUGCAAUUGGAUUUUAGCAGUUUCACGAACUUUCAAAAAAUACCAAGCCCAAUGGAUCUCAUACAGUUGACAAGAAAAUAUAUACGCCCAUGGUCUGAAUUUAUUAAUACUUCAAAUUUCAAAACAGCAGCGAGCAUGCCACGUUUAACGAACAGAUUUGUGCGCAAUAUAAGUUACUUCCAAAGCAAUUACAUAUUUAUAUUUGUAUUACUGAUGAUAUACUGUCUCAUCACAUCGCCGUUAUUACUACUAAUUUUGGGUGCUGUGGCAUACGGAUGCCAUAAAAUUAAGAAAGCUCAAAUACCUAUCUCUAUUUUUGGACAGCAGCUUGGAACUAAUCAUCAAAUAAUGGUUAUUAAUGUUGCCUCUGUGCCAAUUUUGUACUUGGCAGGUGCGGGUGCCGUAUUGUUUUGGACAUUAGGCGCAUCUUGUUUCGUUAUCUCAUUGCAUGCUGUAUUCUACAAUAUUGAUGCAAUUGUAACUGAAGAAAAUGAAGGAUUUCUUUCAGAGGUUGUGUAAAAAAAUGUCGACAUUCUUCUUCUUAUACCAAAUUCACCCAUAAACCGUUAAAAAUUAAUAAAUACGAAUUUUUAUACAUAAGUACUAGUUUUGAACUUGUUAUAAAAUAUGUAAACCUUAAAUUUCAACCAAAUAAUGUUUACAUCAUUUUUGUGAUCGUUUCUUUAUUUAGUUUUCCUCAAAUAAAAAUUACAGCAAAUUACA